AAUUAGGCAGUUUGCUGCCAAGUAGAUGUGCGCUGGCGCUAUUUUUUCUACGAACAGCCAUGUUUACGACUCUACUGCCAUCCUGUCCACCCGAAUGUAUUUGCCUUUCUCAGACACAGGUGCUGUGCAACUCCGGCGGCCUCCGAGAAAUCCCCAAGAAGCUCCUGCCGUCCACUGUCGAACAUCUCUCUUUCACCCGCAACCACUUCCCUCUGAUCAAGAGCGACUCGUUCGCCGGUCUGCGAUACUUGCGAAAGCUCUCGUUAGACGGUAACAACAUAUCCAUCAUCAAACCCUUCGCCUUUCGAGGGCUGCCCCGCCUCCGUGAAUUAUCCAUCCAACAAACUCCUCUAGCGACGGUCGCCCAAUUUGCUUUCGCUGGCCUCCAGAAUAUCAGCUCCAUCUAUCUUAGCCACAACAAGAUUAGGCAGGUCGAGGCCUACGCGUUCGCGGGCACUUCCAAUCUGAAAUUGUUGGUUUUGUCUAACAACCCCAUUUAUAAGCUCGAUAGUCAUGCCUUCAGUGGAUUGAACGGGGUGGAAAGGUUGACAUUUCCAUCAGGAAUAAGACUGAUUGAACCAGAUGCCUUCGAUGGUCUGGACACUAUAGGAUACAUCAAGUUAGCCUUCAUGGACCUUCGCGGCCUCAGUACGGGCAUUUUCCGCGGCCUUACCAACGUGGGGGUCCUAUCUAUCCAAGAAUCUGACUUGGGAGUCAUAGACGGCUCAGCUUUCAAUGGCAUGACCUUCAUCAAGACUCUCAACAUCCUAAACAACAAGAUCGACGCCAUAGAGUACCUGAAUCUCACCCAAGAACAACAUAUCGGCCAUCUGAAACUACAAGGUAACCAUAUCUUAGAGAUACCCAAAACGGAAACACUACUUAUAGAGGUGGAGAAACUGACUGUGAUAUCCAACCAUUUUCCGUGCAACUGCCAUAUCCAUUCUCUGCUCGAAGGUCCUUUGAUGAAUGGAAGUGUUUCGGAGUUCAUAAGUAGAAACUUUUGCAUUUCUCCUCUAGAAGUGAACGGGUUACCUAUGAACAGUUUAGACAUCGAUGCGAUAGGUAGGUGCGAAGAGGAAGUUACAAGAGGCAAUCUAGAAGCCUCCAAGGAGUCGAUCAAUAACUCCAACAAGUACAAUAACAAACUUUUGACUUGCUUGUGUUUGGCGGUAGCGACGGUGGUUGCAAGGUGAAACUAUUGAAGAUAAUAGUGAAAUAGACUCAAACAAUGUCGAUGGUAAUCAAGGAAGCAUUUAUUGGUUAUGUAAAUUUUGUAAAUAAUAUGUUAAUUGUACAUAUCGGAACGUUU